AUGAAAUUCUCUUCUUCCCUGGCUUUGACAGCCUUCCUAACCGGCACUGCCCUCGCCGGACCGCAAGGCCUCCGAGCCCGGCGCUUCCAGGGCCCAGGCUGGCUUGGGGAAAUCGACAUCGACAGUCUUCCCGGCGCGCAAGACGAAGCGCCCAGCGCGCAAAUCACGGCGGCACCGCAGGCCAAAUCCAAGGCCAUCGCCCACAGCCAGGCGCAGUCCGAAGACAGCUACCUGAUCAACGAGAACUGGGCGGGCGCGGUGCAGGAAAAGGCCCCGGCGGCCAGCGCGACGUACAGCUACGUGGCCGCGACGUUCACGCUGCCGUCCGUGACGCCCACGGCGGCGCCAUCAUCCGAAACGCAAGCGGCGUCCUUCUGGGUGGGCAUCGACGGGGCGACAUCCGGCGACGCGAUCUGGCAAGCGGGCGUGGACAUCUACGUGCAAAACGGGCAGCCGUCCUUCGCCGGCUGGUACGAGUGGUAUCCGGCCAACUCGGUGGAUAUCGACCUCGAGUUCCAUUUCGGGGACGUGGUCUUCGCCAGUGUCGAGUCGACGUCGAGCAGUCAGGGCGUGGCGGUGAUCGAGAACUUGACGACGGGGAAGAAUGUCACGGUUACUGCUUCUGCUCCGGCGGCGACUGCGACUUUGACGGGUCAGAAUGCGGAGUGGAUUCUGGAGGAUUUGGCGGUUGAUGGUGAUGGAUUGACGUUUGUGGAUUUCGGGGAGGCUACUUUUACGGGAUGUCGAUUGCAUCAGGACACUCCUCCAAGACAGUUACCACCGGACAGGCAAGGACAAGACCAACCAGGGCUUCAACUGGCGGUGCAUGAGAUUCAACAGUCCAAGGGAGCGACACCGGGGAAGGCGACUAUUGCAGUCUCUUCAAACCCAAAAUGUGCACGAUACUUUGCUACGCUGAGGGAAGCUCAUUGGAAGUAUUUCGGCCUUUCUUCAUUGUGCCGGCCCACGCUCGACCUCACCGGUUUGUUUAUAGAGCUGGAGACUGCCAAAGCCAACACUGUCUACUGCACUUUGCAAUCUCGUAUUGCUAUGGUUGAGCUUGGCCAACAGUAUAUGACUUCACUUGAAGAUGGAGUCUCAAGGGGGUGGAGCGAGGAGGCUGUCAGAGCGUAUAUUUCUCGGAAGGUCAUGCUCGAUCUUGGAAUGUUAGAUGAAGGAACAGAUAUUCGAACCAUGGAGGGUGAAACGCUCAAAUUUAUUGAGGAAUUUGACAGAAGUAUUGCCUGCGCAUUGAGAUGGCAAAAGCUUUAUAACGAAAUUGGUGUCCCCGAGGUCUUCCUCAUUGGGGGAGAACCUGCUGUCAGCGACGACAGAGAGGAAGUUCCGCACCCUGAUUUCCACUGUGACAGUGACGAAGAAUGUCACUCUCUGCUUAAUCGACUUCCGUUGACCACUCUGGCGCUGAAGGAGACUUGCUUGAAGCUCAGUGGAGUGGUGGACAUGAUUCAGCGUUUACGAGGGCUGGAUCAAUUGGCGGUGCAGAGGAUAUUUCUGGCUGAAGAGCUCGAGCGACGCGUCACAAACGUCCUGGGAGACACUGCAAAGCCAUAUAAGAACCCUGAAGGCGAUUUCGACUGUUCCAAUGAUGACGAUGACGAGAGCAUGCCUGACAUAGAGGCAUGCUAAGACUCAAACACGGCAAUACUGACUUGCC